CGCAUUGAGUUCAUUAUUUAUUGACUAGAUCUAGAAUCUAGAUCUAGAUAGUAGAUUCUAUAGUUAUAGUCUAGAUCUAUAUGUCAUGUAUAGAUCUAGAUCAGAAUCAUUUUGGUUUAGGUCUCGGUGAUGCAAAGGACAUCACAGUGAAAGGAUUGGAAAUUGUCAGACGUGCUAAGAGAGUUUAUUUAGAGGCGUAUACGUCAAUACUGACUGUUGGAAAAGAAGCUCUGGAAGCAUAUUAUGGUAGAAAAGUGAUUCUAGCAGAUCGUGAAAUGGUUGAACAAGCUUCAGAUGAAUUGAUGGCUGAUUCAGAUAUUGAGGAUAUUGCUUUUCUGGUAGUUGGUGAUCCAUUAGGGGCCACUACUCAUACAGACCUAAUUUUGAGAGCUACUGAAAAAGGCAUCCCUUACCAUGUCAUUCAUAAUGCUUCAAUUAUAAAUGCUAUAGGGUGUUGUGGAUUGCAAUUAUACAACUAUGGUGAAGUAGUUUCUAUUGUAUUUUGGUCGGAUGAUUGGAAACCUGAAAGCUUCUAUGACAAAAUAUUAACCAAUAAGAAAAGGGGACUGCAUACUUUAUGUCUCUUAGAUAUUAAAAUGAAAGAGCAGACAAUAGAAAACCUUAUGAAAGGGCGUCCAGUUUUUGAACCUCCUCGUUUCUUAAGUGCAUCCUUAGCGGCUCAACAGCUUUUAGAAAUAAUCAGAAAUAGAAAGGAAAAAUGUAGUUCAGCAUUAACUGCUGAUUCCAUUUGUGUAGCUGUAGCUAGAGUUGGAUCACAAGAUCAAAAAAUAGUAGCAGCCACUCUGGAAGAAAUGUCCACCACUGACAUGGGAACACCUCUUCACUCCUUGGUUAUUCCAGGAGACAUGCAUCCACUGGAAAGACAAAUGUUACUGCUAUUUGCAGAGAGUGAGAAAAUAAAGUCUGUUUUGUCAACAGAGGACACAUCAUAGUAAUUUUACUCUAUUAUUAAGAUAUAUUAUUAUUUCAUUGAAUUCAUCUGUAACAUGUAAUUGCAAAUAAAAAGCCUUCUUAGAUUACCAAAUUACAAUCAAAACUUGUAUGUUGAACAUCACCGGACUGACCCAAUGUAUUUGAAACACUCAAUUUAAAUAACUGUUAUUUAAUAACAUGAUUAAUGACUUUUCAUUACUUAAAUUCAGUGCUAAUUAAGAGAAAGAAAUAACUGGGAAUACAAUUGUUCUUUAUUUUUAAGUUUUCUUUUCUAAGGUUUGUGUGUAUUUAAAUAAAAGAUAAUUUUUAGACCAAUAAAGAAAAAUGAUGUUA